UUAAUUCGCGAUAUUUUCCUUUACCGGGUCGGUGAAUUGGGGUGUCUGUGGACCUUCUCCCGCUAUCUGUCCUCUAGUGCUAAAAGCUCAGUAUUUUUUCGGGUUUGUUUAUUGUACUGGCUGCGAAAUACCGAUUUAGGAACAAUAAAGUAAGCCGAUGGGGUAGUACAUACUCAUUGAUGCAGUCAACGGACAACAACAACACUUACGGCAGCGGAAGCUAGCUUUGCCGGAAGCUCACACGCUUCUCCCCAUAGUCCUAGAAAUAUUCUGCUAUCUCUAUUGAUGAUGUCAAUGUGCGUAUAUGCAACAAUCUUUGACUUAUGUCGAUUGUCGUACUCGGUUGGCCUCGGUCAUAUUCGAUCUGAAUGUUGUCCGCUACUUUGAUAAUCAUGAUAGGUCUUGUAGAAAGAGUUCGUGCGUCCAACUCAGUCGCUUGGCAGUAUGGUACUGCUAGUUGUCGACCACGAAUCUCGAGCCAUAUUUUACCAGGUCGUUAUGGGCACUUUGCCGGCGGGGUGCCCAUCAUUGAUAUUUACGCCGCAUGCCGCCAGAAACGACUAUCUUACCAAGCUAGAGAGCAAUUCGCCUUCGGCGGGUUUAAUGAAAAAAAAAAGACUCCGGUACAGAACGGAUACACGAGAGUAUGUGGGGCCCGAGGACCAUUGAGGAAUAGAGAAAGGCAACAUGAUCAGGACCCUCAUGUUCCGAGGUCCCGAAAAAGUUAUAUGAUGGGACCUACGAGUCGAAGAUACGCUCCAUGGUCCCUCCCAAAUGAGAGCUCGUUACGAUGCUCAAGGGCGCACACUAUUGGUCUUGUGUCUCCCAAGGUAACGGUAGAGCAUUUCUGCAAGGCGGUCCUUCUCACGGUGAGACUCUGUGACUUCGUACGAGGCGAGAAAUCCAAGUAUGUCCGCCGGUUUCUUAUGGGAAAGAAAGGCGGGCAACAGAAUUAAGGCGGCAGUGGGUGUGUUACUUUGUGUUGUGAGGUCGGCGAGCAUUAGAGUCAAAACGAGUGUGUUUGGGUUUCCGACAGUUCGUGAAGACAAUGUCUUUGACAGACAAAUAGAAAGUCGGUGUGCAUAUGAUUUUUUGAACUCGGGAGCUCCAGGGGGGUUGA